GCGAUGUGCAUUGUUUGGAGACUAUGUUAAUCAAGUAAAUCAUUUCCUUGCCUCUGGCUAUGUGGAGCAGCCUGUUGUAGUGAUGCAACUUGCUAAAGUCAAGUUCUUUAGGGUAUGGUUGAGCAAGGUGUCAACGGUACCCAGCCACUCUUUAUUGCAAAUGAGGGUAAAGUUGUCUCCUUGGAAGAUGAUUUCAUGCGUUUAACUAGAAAAUGCACUAUUGAAGAGCUUCAAGAUAACAAUGAGGAGGGUUCUUUUAUCAUUUUUGGUACAAUCCAAGGUAUUGUUGAGGAUGGAGGUUGGUGGUAUUCUGCUUGUGUGUGGAAAGGGUAUCUAUCCUCAAAAUGGUGCAUAUUACUGUGAUUUCUGUUUGAAGCACAUAACUAAUGUGACUCCAAGAUUUAAAAUUAAAAUAACAGUUGAAGAUCAUAGUGGGGAGGGUAUUUUCCUUCUCUUUGAUCGUGAGGCAUCUUAUUUGCUUAAGAAAUCAUGUGCUGACUUGUUUACUGAGGUUCAAAGAGAUGCAAGUCUUGUAUGUGGGGAUACUUAUCCUCCCAUAUUCCAAGGGCUCAUUGGAAAGAAGUUACUGCUGAAGGUUGAUACCAAAGGUGUGCCACAUGAUACAUUUUAUGGCACUUUCCGAGUUAGGAGAAUAUGUGAUGAUCCCACGAUUAUUGCCAUGUUUGAGCUUCCCGAUUAUGAUGCUGAUGAUGAGUCAACCCCAAAAAAGGAGGCUGAUUUACACAAAUCUGUUCCAUGUGGAAGUGGUGAUAUUGGUGUUAAGAAGGAUUUAUCAAAGAAUUUUAUUAAAAGUGAGGAAAUUUCUGGUGAGUCUUCUGGGAUUUUAUCUAAAUCCCCUGUUCUUAUAGAUUUUCUGGCUGAAAAACAGCCUACUGUUUUCGGAAGGACUGAGUUUGCUCCGUUAAUUAAUGGUGAACAUGGAAAAGAUGACAAAACACCCAGCAGUGACACUGUUAGUGAUGAUCUUUCUGCUAAAAUAGAUAUAUUGCUUAGCUCACCAGAAAAAGAAAUUCAGGAGGUGUUGUCCCAUGUUAUUGAUGCACCUUCCAAAUAUGGAGAGAAGCUUAUUCAUGAAAAUGAUGUUGUCACCUCCAAGGGCAAGAGGAAUCUGAAUCCCCAAUUUGAAGAGGCCGCUGUUGAUGGAGAUGGGCGUGGGUUCAAGAUUGCCAAGGUUAAUGGAGUUUGAUCUAACGUGUGGAAUUGAGCUGCUGUGUCUAGGUGUAGGUAGUUUAUAUAGUAUAUCUACAAGUGUUUAGGAAGGCUUCUGAUUCCAAAUACAUCAAAAUGUGAUCAUACUGGCUUGAUGGUAUUUUGAUUUGACCUUUUUGGAUUGUGUCCAACAAAUAGGAUUGUCAGAUAUAGGGAUUUUUCUUUUCUGUUGGCUGUUGUCAUCUGUCAACUAUGUCUAUUGUCAACUCCUCCUUUUGUAAUAGUGACUUUGCUAGGGAUUGGACACAUUUUCAAUAUUGUACCCUCUUUAGGUUACAUACUAGGAUGUGUAUCAGAUCUUGGGUUCCUCCUUAUCAUAGGAGAGGUAUCCAUAUGUAAUUGUGUCUAUCACUAUCAGUAUUUUAACGAAAUGCGGCAGUUCUUAUUUU